AUGGAUGUGACCGAGAUUCCUCGCAAGGACGAGGAGGACUUCGACCUCAAGAAAAUCCAGACGACUCCGGACCAUGAUGAUGUCUUUGGAGAGAUCACGGAAGAAGGCCCCAACUACCGCAAUGUAGGACUUGUGGGAACUGUGAUUCUCAUGAUGAAGACCCAAAUUGGUCUAGGGGUUCUGUCAAUUCCAACGGCCUUUGACGCUCUUGGGAUGGUCCCCGGCGUCAUCUGUCUAUGCGUCAUUGCAUUCAUCAUGACAUGGACCAACUAUGUGAUAGGAACUUUUAAACUGAAGCACCGCGAGGUUUACAGUAUUGAUGAUGCCGGGGCCAUCAUGUUCGGCCAUGCUGGUCGAGCUGUGCUCGCAAUAGCCUUUUGCCUCUACUGGAUCUUUGUCGUCGGCUCCGGCAUUCUUGGACUAUCGAUUGGUCUCAAUGCGGUUUCGAAACACGGCACCUGUACCGCAGUAUUCACCGCGGUCGCUGCGAUCGUGGGAUUCGCGUUUAGUAGUGUGCGGACUCUCGGAAGAAUCACCUGGCUGGCCUGGGUGGGACUUCCGUGUAUUCUCGUUGCUGUCAUGACCGUGACAAUUGCCGUCAGCUUUCAAGAUCGACCACCCAACGCACCACAAGACACGGCCGUUUGGGUCUCUGACUUCAAGGUCGUCGCCAGCCCAUCGUUCACCAAGGCCAUCACAGCGAUUAGUAGUCUCGUCUUCGCCUACUCUGGAACCCCCGGAUUCUUCGCCAUCGUGUCCGAAAUGCGCAACCCCAGAAAGUACACCACCGCCCUCGUCUGGUGCCAGUCAGGUGUAACUGCCGUGUAUAUCACCGUCGGAUGUAUUGUGUAUUACUACUGCGGCUCCUAUGUAUCCUCCCCAGCUCUCGGCUCCGCCGGAGGAGAGGUCAAGAAAAUCGCCUACGGUUUCGCCCUCCCAGGAUUGAUCGUGACUACCACGAUCUGCUCACAUAUCCCGGCCAAAUACAUCUUCGUCCACCUCCUUCGCGGCACCCGACACAUCAAUAAGAACACUCCUACCCACUGGAUCACUUGGCUCAGCUGCACCUUCUGCAUUGCAGUGAUCGCGUGGAUCAUCGCCAGCACCGUCCCAGUCUUCGACUCCCUGGUCUCAUUGAUCGGCGCUUUACUCGGCCCACUCAUGUCCUUCCAGCCCAUGGGCUGCAUGUGGCUUUACGAUAACUGGUCCAGGCGAGAGAAAAGAUUCUGGCUCGUCAAAACAUGCUGGAGCGGCUUUAUUGUCCUUCUUGGGACUUUUCUCAUGGUUGCUGGCACCUAUGGAUCGAUUGUUAGUAUUAUGGAAGCAUAUGCGGCAUCUGGAGGGUCGGCUGCUUUCUCAUGUGGUGAUAACUCGAACUCUUCAUGA